AUGAGAGAUGUCAUCGUCUUUGACUGCGUAACUUCAACAUGAGAAUUCUUUUUGUUUACAUUACUUUGGCUAUUCUUCACAUAUCACAACUGGCAGCAGACGACACUGAUCAUUGUCUCCCAUUGAGUUGUGCGCAAUGUACACAAAGAGUUUGCUCUUGGGCUGCUACAAUAGACAGCAAUGCUUACAAUCCGACCUUCUGCGGGUGGUGUAAUAAAUGCAAGUCAGUUAAGCUGGUCCCAGGAGCUUCCAGCGACUCGCCUACUAACUCGACCGCUCGUGUGAGCACAUACAACCCAUUGUCAUGUUAUCCAUUUGAUGCAGAGCGGUCGCCGCCGUGCCCGCAAUAUUCAUCGUCAAUGGGGAAAACGUUUGCUCACUUUCACACAGAUUACUUUGCAGUCGUGGAUCUUCACAGCAUUGCUAGAUGUACAGUACCUACCGACUAUCACAUUAACCAUUUUCUUGUACAUAAUUUCCGGAUUGUUGGUAUACGAUUCGGCGAUGAACUUCCAAGGUGCUUGAUCAGAAAGUCAAAAUGUGUCUCCAAGUUUGGAAUAAUCAUGGAAGACAAAAAUGAAAACUCCGGCACGUUCUGUUUUCCAAUAUCGGAGCCAACCCCAGAGGUUGCUUGGAAACACAACGAUAAACAUUUGGAACUGACAUAUCGGAAUGGUAUCCAGUGUUGCCUAUCACAUGAACCAUUUUAUGCAGAAAACGGAUUCAUCGAUUUAGUUCUACGCAUAGAGAUAUCUCAAGAUGGCGACUAUGUCAAUUAUGUUUCUAACUAUAAAUCAUUGCUGAACUGUACUUCCAAUUCUCCGCCUGUUAUUAUCGACACCAAUUUCGACACCCAAGUCAAAAAUUUUAGCUACAUCGAUUUCAAAAAGUCAAAUUUUUCGUGCGUUUCAAACGGCAGUCGUAUAACCCGCGAGCCUCCAACGGUACCGGUUGGACAUACGGUCACGUGCACCCUAAACAAAAUCACGUGUUUACAAAAUUCGAAGCAGCUGGACUGUGUGAACAAACUGCUCGAAAAAUUCCUAUUUGUCAAUGCAACGCUGUCAUCGUGCGAUGGAAACAACAUUGAAGGAAGAGAAUGGAAACAAUUGCUAUCCACUGGCACUCCCGUGAACUACUCAGUAACUACACGAAGUUUUGAGUGGAAGAGCCCACCAAUUCCCGAAAUUCUAAGAACAAAGCAAUGCAAACUUAGAUUUCAGUUAAUAAUGCUAAAUCAAGUUGUGGCAAUAAAAGACAAAACGACGCUACCGACAGCAGACUUUACAGUCGAAACUAACUGCAACACUGCAGCUGGCAGGUGUACUUCUGGAAGAGGAAUAUGUAAUCAUAUCACGUUGAAGUGCGACUGCAGUGCGACUUGUGGGGCACUCAAUGUUCGCUACGAAGGCGACCAGUGCGAUGGCGAGCCGUGGUGCAGAAUGAAUGUUCCGUGGAUUGCUGUCGGGAUCGGAAGCUUCGCCUGUCUGAUUACAGCCGCUGCCGCUGUUUGUCGUCUACACACGUGGUGGAAAAAGCGCAGAAAACAUGGAUACAUCGAAGUACCAAGUACCGAGUAACCAUGCGAUUGUGUUGCAAUCGCAUCUUUGUUGAGUCUAGAUUUUGAAAAUGUUAUCAAAAAAUAUUGCCAAAAGGCUUAGCUAAUGCAUGCAAUUUAGGACUAUUAGCAUAAUGCAUAAUGUCUC